GAACGAUAUAAAUACGAUGAUGCUAUUAUGCUCUGCAAAGUAUUUAGACAAGAGAAAUUAUACAAGCAAGAUGAUGCGCGGGUUCUACGUUAUCGUUUUUGCAUUUGUUCCUGCCAUCUUAGGUAGCACUCCAGUUGUUGAUAGGAAACUAGGAUCCAACCAACAAGACUACAGCGUUUGCCUAACUGAAACUGAUACCACUGAUAGUAAAACUGAAGAUCAAGAAAAACUAAGAAAGAAUGGUUGUUUAAUCUAUUGCAUAAUGCAAAAACAAAAUAUGAUAGAAGAAUCGGAAUUUAAAAUAGAGAAUAUACGUACUCAGUUUACUGGAAAGACAAAUGCUCAGCCAGGAGACGACUAUUACAAAGCUCUCGAUGAUUGCAUAGAAAAAGUAAAAGAUAAUACAGAUAAAUGCGAGAAAAGUUUUGCUCUAGUGACAUGUUAUUUAAAAGCUGCAGAUAAGCUUGUUUCUGAGAGAGGACAACACACUGGUGAUCAUAAAGAACACAAACAUGAGCAUGAACAUGAACAUGAACAUGAACAUGAACAUGAACAUGAACAUGAACAUGAACAUGAACAUGAACAUGAACAUGAACAACAAUAAAUACAAUUAACAAUAUGCUUACGCAACUUCCGUGUAUGUGCAUUAUAAUUGAAUAAAAUAAUGCCAAUUAUUUUAAAAUAGUACAAGUUUUUUAAAUGUAUGUCGUAUAAAUAAAUAAUUUAAAUAAAAAGAAAAUUAUGUCAAUAGAUAUAAAUAUAAUUGGG